AUGGAAGAGCAAAAUUAUAUUAUUGUGUUUAUCCUAAUUUUAGUUAUUCCGUGGUCCUUGCAAGCCACAGGAAACGUUUCCACUACUAAGAAAAAGGAACCAAUAGUGCAUCAACCAAAUAGUACACAAAUACAAAUUCCAAUUGCAAAUCAAACAGUUACGCCAAAGCCAAAGUUGGCAGAAUUUAAAAUAGAUGCACACAAGACAAUCAGCAUUAGUAAAGAUGAUCUCAAUGAUCUGCUGGACGUUUAUAUGGAUAAAUUGGCCGAAAAUGCAGCGACCAUUCAGCAAAAAGACAACGCAAUUAAUCGAUUGCAAUCCAAGGAUAAAAUCGAUGACGAUCAGCUUAAGCAAUUUGAGGAACUAUCUACAGUAUGUAAAGCACAAAAUGUAUCUAUGGGACUGAUUUUAACCGAAAAAGACGAACAGAUCAAGAGUUUGCAAUUAAAUAGCAGCAUUUAUGAAACGCGAUUAAGAAGAAAACAACAUUUGCUGACAUUGUAUAAAAAACAAAAUGCAUCUAAUGCAGCAACGAUAAGCGAACUGAGAGCUAAAAUAAAAGCUUUGGAAUAUAGGAUCAGGGAGAGAAAAGAUGAUUUGCUUGCCGAUUGGGAGGCGGCUACAAAUAGUUGCUUGCCCUAUGGCAAAUCCUUGGGUAUCCACUUGAUACAGCUGCCAGAUUUUCGACCAUUUCUCGUGCCCUGCGAUGGUCUGUCUGCAGCUGGUGCCGGGUGGACGGUUAUCCAGCGACGCUACGAUGGAUCUGUUGACUUCUAUCGUAACUGGGAUGGUUAUCGCAAGGGAUUUGGUAAACUUAAUGGCGAGUUCUUUCUGGGCUUGGAGAAACUGCACAGAUUGACCACAUUUCAACCCCAUGAACUUUAUGUAUCGUUACGUUUGUUCAAUGGCACAAAACGAUUUGCUUUGUACGAUGACUUUGUUAUUGGCAGCGAGAAGGAGGGCUAUGAGAUGAAAUUGCUAGGUCAUUAUCAUGGCAAUGCGAGUGAUGCAAUGCGUACACAUGAUAAGAUGAAAUUCUCCACAUACGACAGAGACCACGAUGAGUUCACUCAUAUCAACUGUGCUGCAUAUCAUCAUGGUGCUUGGUGGUAUGAUUUUUGUUCCCGCAGUAAUCUCAAUGGCAAAUACUUUAAAAGACAAACGGAUAAUGCCGAGGGCAUUUUUUGGGAUCGCUGGUACAGCUUCAAAUCUUUGAAGUCUGUCCAGAUGCUUAUACGGCCAAAGAGCGCCAAGUUUAAUUAAUCCAUGAAAAGGAACUAUCAAUUAAUGUUAAUAAAAGAAAUAUAUUUCAUACAAUUUUGUAUUGUGGAUCAGUUGUCAAUUUGCCGCCGUUUGUUUGAUAAUUAUCUCGGCUGAGAAAUAAGCCACCCAAAACAUUUUGUAGCGUCUAAUAUUUCUACGCCCAUUAUUUCUCAUUAUUCUGUUUCUGCUACAGUGUAAAUUUUAUUUUUAUGUCUAGCUUAUAAUUUUGGAUUGUUAAAUUUGAUGGCAUUGUGUUUGUCAGAAGUCAUUUGAACAAUUAAUAUUCCAUUUUCUUGUAAUAAAUAAGCGAAAUCCAAUUCAGUUUAUGUAUCGUUCUAAAGAAAAGAACAAACGGAAA